AUGGCCGCAGCCUUUCUGCUGUCGCUCCCUGAUGCGGACGGCUCAACUCUCCCCGAACUGCCGCCCAACCGGUACUUUGACGAUCUCUCCACUGUCGAUGAGUUACUUGAGCACAGUUCUCCGGUUAGUGAUGGUCGGGCAGACGUGAGCGCGUCGCUGCAUUUGUCGACAUCCGGCGCAAGUACGCUCAAGUUCCCAUCCACGGCUCCAAGUCAGACAUUGCCCCUUCAAGCCAAGCCAGUGGAGAAUCAUGCUUCACCGUCUAUCACAACGUCAUCUGCAAGCAGGUCCAGGUCUGCACCCACGACUGACGAAAUUGUCCAGCUGAUUCUGAUCAACGAGGUGCGCGCCGCCGAAGAGAGAUUGGAUGCCGAUCAGAGGGCGCUCGAAAGAAAAACAGAGAUGAUCGAGGAAGCCUGGCGAGCGGAAAAGGUGACGUUGGAUCAAGAACGGUGGGUCUUGGCGGUCGAGAAGCAGCGUCUGGCGCGAAGAGAAGAGGACCUGACGCAAGGAGAAAGGGACCUGUCACAGAGAGAAAAGGACGUGUCGCUAAGAGAGCAAUCUCUCCAGGAGAACACGGACAAGCUGCAAGUGGCUCAAGCCAUCUUCAGGGAGCAAAAAGACGAAUUUGAGCAGGAGGAGCAGCAGCAGCAGCAGCAGCAGCGUGCCAGGACCCAAAGAAUACGUGAGCUCAUGUGGGGGGCAAGCGAGGAGGAAGUUACUCUGGUUAUGACCAUACUUCUCCUUUGCCUGGCAACGCGAGGCUCUUCCACCGAUAUCUUGGAGCGUCUCAAUCUACUCGGUCUGGCAGCCCUUGAUAUGCUGCAUAACCAUGUCUCACGUCGAAACGUCCGCUACGAUCGUCAAGCGUGA